CCAACAUAAUAAAACUCUUUCCGUAACCGUCUUCUUCCUUCUUCCACCAAACUCCCAUUUACAGUUUUCACGAAGCUUCAACAAUGGAUGCCAUCGAUUCAGUCAUCGAUCCACUCAGAGACUUCGCUAAGGACAGUGCUCGUCUCGUCAAACGCUGCCACAAACCUGAUCGCAAAGAAUUCACAAAAGUUGCCACUCGUACUGCCAUCGGAUUCGUUGUCAUGGGAUUCGUUGGCUUCUUCGUUAAAUUGAUCUUCAUUCCAAUCAAUAAUAUCAUUGUUGGCGCUACUUAGGGCUGCAUGGAGGUUGAGGAAUGCAAAGAAAUACAAAUGACAAGUCCUGGAGAUCAGAAUAAAAUGAACCGUUAUGUGCUCACGCAUAUCGUAUGUUCAUUAUUGUAUAACUACUAUAUAAAUACAUAUGCGGAUUACAUUAAUACUUGUGUCAUUUGUUUUCUGUUGCAUUAAAAGUUAAGGUCUAUUUAUCACAGUGUUUCUCUUUCCCUGCU